AUGGUCUGGCCAACAGAACAUGAUAUUAAACUUGCUGAAUAUGACGCUAUGGAGUUACCAGGGCAGCAGCUAUCUGCAGCACAUGCGUACACCCCACUGGACCAUGUUCUGAACUUAGACAUCAAAGCUCCACCGGCUUGUACGCGUCUUACGGGAAUUGUUGCAUCCAUGGGAAAGUCAACAUAUGACGUUGAAAUUCUGGAAAAGAUGAUAGGAGCGGGUAUGAACACAGCAAUGCUUAAUAUGAACUUUGGUUCAAGAGAAGAGCAUGUGGAAUGUAUAAAAAUGCUGCGAAUUGCUGCCAAAAACUUCAGCAUCAAAAUGGGCAAGAACUAUCCUUUAUCGAUAGCUAUGAGGCUUUCCGGCAGAAAGAUCAGAACUGGACGCAUCGCUGAGACUUUCGGUGAAUCGGUCGAAUUAAAACCUGGCGAGGUUGUAAGAUUAACUACGGAUGAAACAUACAAAGAACGUUGUUCCACAUACACGGUAUAUGUAGAUUUCAUGUCUUUCGCCGAACAAAUGAAUAAAGGAGAUUUUAUUUUAUUGGACAAUGAGACGAUCAUGUUGAAAGUAGAAAUGAUUUCAUCAACAACGUUAACGUGUAAAAUUGAACGAGGAGGAGUUUUAGGAUCCUAUAAAGACGUUUUUGUGCCUAACGUCAUAUUGAAUAUGCCAAAUUAUACUGAGAAAGACAAACUUGAUAUUGAAAUGGCAAUUAAUAACCAGGUCGAUGUUAUUAUUGCGUCAUUUGUAAACACUGCCAGCUGUAUCCUGGAAUUAAGAGCUAUAUUAGGAGAUAAGGGCAAAAAACUGGCUGUCGUAGCAAAUAUACAAACAGUUGAAGGAUUUCGUAAUUUUGACUCCAUAAUGCUGGAAGCAAAUGGUGUAAUGAUAUCGCGACAAGAACUAGGAUCUGAUAUCACUCCAAAGAAACUAGUCAUAGCACAGAAGAAUAUGAUUGCUCGAGCUAACAGAGUGAAUUGUCCAAUCUGUGUGAGUGCUCACAUUCUGAGCAGCAUGAGAUUCAAAAAGAUUCCUCUACGAGCUGAACUUCUGGACAUUGCUAACUGCAUCCUGGACGGUGUUGAUAGCCUGGUACUUUGCGCCGAAACAGCUGUAGGUCAAUACCCAGUGGAAGCAGUUGCAGUUAUGAGCAAUACUUGUAAAGAAGCAGAGGCUUGUGUUUGGACUAAGCAAGUUUUUUAUGAUUUUAUUGACAAGACGCCAUUACCAUGUGACCAAUCAACGGGUGCUGCAAUGGCAGGAGUGUUAGCAGCACAAAGGUCUAUAGCGGCGGCUAUAAUCGUUGUGACUACUUCUGGCAAAUCAGCUCAGACAGUUGCAAAGUUCAGGCCUCGUUGUCCUAUACUAGCGGUAACAAGAUACGCUAUGGUGGCACGCCAACUUCACAUGUGGAGAGGAAUUGUCCCCAUUAUUUAUGAAGAUGCUCCAGAAACGGAGUGGGCAGCGGACCUCGAGAAACGUGUAAAUUUCGUUAUCAAAUGGUCUAUCGAGAGAGGGUUUAUAAGGAUCGGCGAUCCGAUAGUCAUCGUAUCUGGAUGGAGACAAGGAUCGGGGUUCACGAACACUAUGCGAGUGGUUUAUGCCACUGCCGAUACCAUCACCGUAUUGUAA